AUGAGAGCCCAAAUGGAGGCUCAAGGGAGAGCGUCGCGUUUAGCUCUUGAAACACAGACUAAAAACGCUGAGCGUCAGCUCGCGCUUACCGAAAAGUUGAUGGAGGAGAAUCGUUUUCUCCGUGAGGCUAGUGGUUCUGGGGAAAUGCCUAGACAGGCUGCUGGGGGUGAAUCCCGCGUUCAAAAUAAUGCGCGUAUAAUGUCUGAUUUAAUCAAGCGCGUUCCAAAGUUUCAAUAUUCAGUUACGGAGCCCGACACCUUCAAAAGAUGGUGGUCGCGCUACCAGCUAACCUUCACGGAGGAUGGCAAAGACUUAACUGAACGCGAACGAAACAGAAUGCUUUUAGAAUGUCUUGAAGAAUCGGCAUAUCAUCGCUACGUGGAUUCACAAAGAGAUGUGACAGAUUUUCUCGGAAUUCCAUUCACGGAAACUCUCCAAAAUCUCACCAAAGCGUUUGGUUCUCAUCGCUCGAUGAUGAUGCGGAGACAACAAUGUCUUCAAAUUUCGCGCGCUAAUGGAGAAUCACUAGACCCACUGGAAUACUCAAACCGAGUUGGAGACGCAGUCCUAGAAGCAAAACUUGCAUCCAUGUCUACUGACGAGUGGUCUGUAUUCAUAUUCUUGCGUGGAUUAGAUGCGCCUGGAGACAAUCCGGCUAAAGCUUAUCUUAUGCAGUUUUGUGAAACAGCUGAAAAGAAGGGCGAAAAGCUCAAGCUUUCAGAUAUCCACGACGAAUGGAUCCGUUUCAUCCAAAUGAAACAACAAACUAAGGUCGUCUCAGCUCUUCCAGUCAAGCCUACUCCUCAACAAGCAGUCGAGGUGAACAAAGUUGAUCCUCGCACUCCCAAAAAGAAGAAGUUUAAGCAGAAGCAGAAACAUUCCAAGUCUGGAAAUGAGAAAAAGGAAUUCAUUCCAACAUGUUUUACCUGUAAAAAAUCCGGCCAUACUGCUCCGAAUUGUCCAAAUAAUUCAAACAACAAUUCUAAUGCUGUUCCAAAGAAUGGUAAAAGAUGUCAAAUCAUCGAAGUUGGCGGAUUAGAAGUUGAAUCUGAACCAUCGAAGCACAGCCUGACUGUGACUGUUGAAGAUAAAGAUUUAGCGUUCCUUCUAGAUACAGGCAGUCAAAUCACGUUGAUUAACGUCGAUAGUUGGAAAGAAAUUGGUUGUUUUUGCAAAAAGUUACUCAUAGCAUUUGCUGCGCGAAUGGGACACCAAUGACGGUUAAGGGUCGAGUUCGUGUCAAUUUCAAACUCAAAGAGGUCGAUUACACAGACUAUGUGUACGUGUGCGACCGAGACACAAACUUGAUCGGGACGAGUUGGUUGAACCACUCUCCAGAAAUGCGUGCUGCCAUUGCUAUUAUGGUUAAUCAGGUUGUUGUCAACACUGAUAGCGAAGCAAACCGUCUUGCCGAGACUCUCAAAAGGGAAUAUCCUGACGUGUUUUCUGACGAAUUGGGUCUUUGUAUUAAAGAAAAAGCUCAAUUACGUACUGAAGAAGGUAUAAAACCGGUAUUCAAAAAAGCUCGUCCAGUACCUUUUGGAUCUCGCGAAGCUGUGGAGAAAGAGUUAUUUCGACUGAAAGAUAUGGGUGUCAUCACACCAAUCACCUAUUCCAAAUGGGCUGCUCCAAUUGUAGUCAUAAGGAAAAAGGAGUCGAAUAAGAUUAGAGUCUGUGCAGAUUUCAAAUGUUCAGGUCUUAAUUCAGCUCUAAAAGAUGAAAUUCAUCCGCUUCCCACAUGCGAAGAUUUAUUCGCCAAGUUGAAAGGUUCAGUCUUUUCAAAGAUUGACUUUCGUGACGCCUAUCUUCAAAUUGAGUUAGAUGACGAAUCUCAAGAGUUAGCAGUCAUCAAUACUCACCUAGGUCUAUUCAAAUACGUGAGAAUGGCUUUUGGGUUGAAGCCUGCACCGGCAGUGUUUCAGAAGAUAGUGGAUAAGCUGAUUUCGGGCAUUCCUGGAGUGUCUGCUUAUCUGGAUGAUUUGAUUAUUGCUGCUAGUUCUUACGACGAACAUGAAGCCAUCCUGCGUCAACUCUUUGAUCGAAUCCGUGAAUAUGGAUUUCGAGUCAGUCCUGAGAAGUGCAUGUUUGCAGUCUCGGAGAUCUCGUUUCUGGGAUUCAUCGUGGAUGAAAAAGGUCGUCGACCAGACCCAAACAAAGCGUCAAAAAUCCGUUCGAUGAAGGCGCCAGGAGAUCAAAAACAGCUAUCAUCAUUUUUGGGUGCUGUGUGUUUCUACAGUCGGUUCGUUCCGAAAAUGUCGGAAUUGAGAGGGCCACUCGACAGACUCAUGAAAAAGGAUGUCGAAUGGUCGUGGACAAAAACUGAGCAAAUCGCUUUUGAGAAGCUCAAGAAUACAGUUGCUGAUGCGACUAUGUUGUCCCACUUUCACGAAGAUUGGCCUAUAAUUGUUGCCGCUGAUGCAAGCAACUACGGAAUAGGAGGUGUUCUUUGUCACGUCAAUCCAGACGGUGUCGAAGUUCCCAUUGCUCACUAUGCUCGAUCGCUUACAGCUACUGAACAAAAGUACAGUCAAAUCGAGAAGGAAGGAUUGGCGUUGAUCUUUACAAUCAAGAAAGCUCACAAAUUUAUUUUCGGAAGAAAAUUUAAGCUUCAGACAGAUCACCAACCGCUUCUCGCAAUCUUCGGUUCGAAGAAAGACUUACCAGUUCAUUCGCAAAAUCGACUUGUGCGCUGGGCCACAACCCUCAUGUCAUAUGACUUCGAUUUGAGUUGUCCACUUCCAAAUUUGCCAAAGCCGACUGGUUGUCUCGUAUGAUUCAGGAAUUUCCACGUAAUCAAGAUGAUGUGGUUAUCGCCGAAAUCUGGGACGAUGACAACGAUGAUUCCUUGAGUUCCAACUUCACUCCAGUCAUGCAAGAAGACAUUCAAGUAGCUUCUGAGAAAGACUAUGAAGUCUCCGCGGUGAUGAAAUUGUUAUCGGAUAAUUCCUGGAAAUCAAAACCGGAUACCGAUAUCGAGAAGUACUGGAGUCGACUCAAGGAUCGUUUGAAGAUCAUACAAGGUUGUUUACUUGUUGAUGAUCGGGUAAUUGUGCCAAAACAGCUACAAUCAAUGGUUCUAAAACAGUUACAUGACGGUCAUCCAGGAGUAGUGCACAUGAAACAAAAAGCUCGUUCUUUUGUCUUCUGGAGAGGUCUCGAUUCGGAGAUUGAGAAACUUGUACGUCAAUGCAACAACUGUCAAGAAAACGCCAAAAUGCCAAGAGUUGUUCCAUUAAAACUUUGGCCGGAACCAGAAAAACCUUGGACACGAAUUCAUGUUGAUUUCUGUGGACCACUAAAUGGACAGUGGUUAUUGGUUGUCGUUGAUGCUAAGUCCAAGUACGCGGAGGUCAAAUUGACAAGAAGCAUUUCUGCCAUGUCAACGGUGGAUCUGAUGGAAGAGAUUUUUUCAAUUCAUGGUUACCCGGAAGUUCUUGUUAGUGAUAAUGGUACACAAUUUACCAGUCACUUCUUCAAAAAGAUGUGUGAGUCUCAUGGAAUUAUUCACAAGACAUCUGCUACUUAUUAUCCAAGAUCUAACGGAGCUGCAGAGCGCUUCGUGGAUACUCUCAAGAGAGGUAUCGCCAAGAUCAAAGGAGAAGGUUCAGUCAAUCAACAGAUUCUGAACAAAUUUCUUAUUAGUUACCGCAAUACGCCGCAUUCCGCUUUGUCUGGUGCUACACCAGCUGAAUGUCACUUUGGUAGAUCAAUCAGAACAACUAUGUCGUUGUUGAUGCCGAAGCCAGACGCAAAUCAUCAAGCUGAUCUUUCUGAAUACCAGAAAAAGAUGAAACAGCAGUAUGAUUCACGCAACGGUACGCGCGCUAAACAUUUCCAGGUUGGUCAACAAGUUUAUGUCAAGGUUCAACAUGGAAAUAAGUCGGAAUGGGAUUAUGGAGUUGUUUCGCGGAAGAUUGGUUCGGUGUUGUACGAAGUGCAAGUUGGCUCGAGGCUCCAACGUUCUCAUGUUAACCAGUUACGGUUGAGAUACGGAGACAAGAGCAGUGUGGAGAAAUUUGAGGAUACAAUUUAUCCGAUGUUCUUCACUUUUGCCAAUCAUUCGGAUAAGUUUAACAAUUCUCCUGGUUUUAAUCACGUUUCGAGUCCGAGGGUCCACGGGGGGGAAACUAAUAUUUUUUAUUCUGCAGGUUUGUCCGCAGAUAGUUUGCUCCCAGCUUCUCAACGUGUUGGUUUGUCGAGGGAGGACGGUGGCGAUGCUGACAACAAUUCAUUGGUUUUACCUAAUGGGGAUUCCGAUGCUAACAUGGCUCGUGGAAGACCUAAAGAACUAAAGAAGAGUAAUAGCAAAGUGCCAAGUCAUCAAUCAACGUCCAAGCCUACAAUGCGAUCAAUGAAGUCUACAGUGCUCACGAACGUCUCAAGUGAUCUACCAGCCACCGACCUAAGUCAUUCUUUACGACGAAGCCAACGACUCCGCAACGCUUCGGCACGAUAUACGGGUCAACGGAACAUCCACAACUGGUCAAUGCUCCACUCGCAACAGCAGCAUCCACA